AUUUACUAUGAAACGCGUAAACAUAUUUCUCCGAAUUACAACGAGGAUGUAAGUUAUACCAGUCAAAAUGGCAAGCAGGGCACCUGAAGUAAAUCAAUUGGAAGAGUUGAAACAGGUUUUAAUGAGGCACCCCGACUACUUAGGCAAUCGAAAUGUCAAAAAAAUAUGGGAUGAUCUUGGAAAAUGCGUAUCUAAGAAAAAAGAUGUCGGAGGCGCAUUUGAAAACCUGGAAAAAGAAAUAGUGAACGUCUACCAUAUAAAACGAGGAAUACUUCAGAAACGCAAAGAAUAUUCAAAACUGAAGAAGUCGAUAGUUGCAGCUUGUCAGAUAGAUAAUGGUGGCCAUCAUUCAGCAGCUCUGAAAGUCGAGGGGAAAACCCAGAUACAAGAACAAAAAGCUAGAGUCUCAGGGGGAGCUUCACCGAAGAAAGAUGAUAGCAGUGCCUCCAAUGCGUGUGCCAGAUUGUGCAAGCUCAUAGAAUGCUUAUAUCGCAGUGUGACCAGCAAAACCGAUUUACAACUUCCAGACACAAAGGAUAUGAGGCUUAAUGAAGAACACACACUCAUGUAUAAUGAGGCUCAGAGAUUGAUAUUAAAAAUUAGAGACAAUACAAUGCUGACACGUAAUCAAGAGCUUAAAACCGUACCAACAGCAAUGACAUUACAUAAUAAGAUCGAGGAUCCAUCAACUGACCGAGAUACCCAUUCAGUACCCAGUUACAGUGGCCAAGGGGAAUCAACACCAAACCACCAACCAACUGAUGCUAAUGAGAGAACAUUUCGAGACGAUAUGGAAAAGAAAAUGAAGGAAAGGCUGGAACAGCAAAAUAUGAAAUUUCAAGAAGCAACGCAGAAACUAAAACAGGAAAUUCACAUUUUAAAGGAGGAAAAAGACCAGCUAUUAACGAGAAUGAGCAAAAUGGCCGGGGACAAAUUAACACGCAAUAAUCCUGGUAUCGCAGAUCUCAGUGACCCUAACCGACCACAGAAGCUCGCUGAAAAAUAUGGCGAACUCUAUGAUAACGAGUGGACAGACGCCAUAGACAAACUGAACCCUAAAAGAGACGACAAGGUUGAACGCCAAUGUAUAGACGUCCUGGCAGGAAUACUUAAGUUUUGUUACAGUGCCUGUGAACAAGUUGCGGACAACCAGUUCUCCCAGCUGCAGCAAGAUUGUUUCAUUCUUCCGAAACCAGGCAGACUACAGGUAAACACCCAGGAUGCACCGGAGUCCGCCAAACAAAAUCUUUUAGAGGCGCAGUAUAGUGCGUCUAUUUUUACAACGGAGGCUGCCGUUAAUAUUGUGACAGCAAAUCUCCUAAAAGAAAGACAAUUUAAAGACAAAGCAAAACAGAUACCACUAUUCACAGCCAGAUGUAUCGAGAUUUGUUGGAGCAUGGUGACACACAAACCACGGCUGAUUUUGCUGUGGCCUGAUCAGAGCAAAAAUAGCAAGAUAGAUCCCAAUAUGUUCCAGUCAUUCACGAUAUCGGGGGACAUUUUGGACUUUGUUGUGUGGCCUGCUAUGCUAAGCUAUAUGGACGGCCCAUUGUUGAGAAAAGGAACCGCACAACCGGUAGCAAAACAAGCUACACAGGGUAAAUAUCAUAAAAUGGGAGAUAACCAUGUGUGUCUCAUCCUAGCAGGGGAAAAUGUCACAGAAUGGAAGAUAAUCAUGCAGGAAAGACAGGUGAAACCAAACAAUAAAAAUUUACAUGCAAGAAUGGACAAAAUCUCUCAGCAAGGGGACAUAACCGACUAUAUAAAGCAGACGGAUAGAACGCGUUACACAUCAUACAGACGGGGAUGGGUUCUGGAUACAACCUAUGGAUUUAAUUCAACAAACCAUGCCAGAGAAAAUAACGGAAAAGUAGACGGAACAACGACAUCGACAUCGACAACACGCGAACACGCACGCCGCCCACACACUGUACAUGCGACAUAUCGACCAAUCGAGAAAAAGAAAACUGGGUAUCUAGAGCAGAAGAUGUUUGACUUAGAAAGACAAUUGCAAGACACAAGGGCGAAGUUACGUCAGGCAGAGGAGGACAGAAAUUACUGGAUCAACAGAAUGAGUAAAGUGACGGAUGGCCAAAGUGACCCCAUGCCACCCUCACAACUAGCAGAACAAUACAGUCAAUUGUAUGAUAAAGAAUGGAUGGAUGCAAUGUUGAUCCUUACUGAAACAAAGAAAACAACACUCAGUGAACGUAGCGGAAUUGACAUCUUAAUUACCAUCCUUCAGAGAAGUCAUGAAAUGUGUCAACAAACUGCUGAUGAGCAGAUGAACGAAUUAAUAGAUAUAGUCAUGUUACAACCGAAUAUGGAGAAAUCAUCUGUCAGAUGUCCUAUUGAAGUCCGAAGAAAUCUCCAAGUUGCUCAACAACAGGCGUCUAAGCGUACACUACCGGCAGUACAAAAGAAAUUACAUCUCCGGUUGGAAUCGCUGAUGGAAACAUUCGGAGAAUUUCCAAAGGACAGGCUAAAACCUUUUGUCGAUAAGUGUACCGAGAUUUGUUGGGGUAUGGUGAUGCAGAGUCCGCGCGUGGAGUUCCUUAUUCCCGAACGAGGAGUCAAAUUCAAUAAAGAUCACUUCAAAGAAUUCAAACAAUCGGGUGUUACUGUCGAAUACGUUGUAUGGCCUGCAAUGAUCGCACACAAACAAGGAUCUCUCCUUGUAAAGGGUAUCAUUCAGCCUGUCGUUGUUAAGCCAUGAGUGCGAACAUUUCAUUUGAUAGAUUAAGGUUUUGUCCUACAAAACUAGAUAUUUUCUGCUCAUUAAUUUCGAUUGAUUGUGUGUAUGAGCUUUAUAAAUCUGUCUACUGUGAUCAAUUGCUAAUGCUGCAUAAUUUGUAAAGGUUCAACAAGCCUGGUAAUUAAAAAGUUCCUUUAUACAAUAAUUACAUGCAAAAGGUCAGAAGGUCAUAUACAAAAACAUUAAAGGUUCUUAUUUCUACA